ACCUGAUCUCAUUCUCUUCCUCUCUCUCUACCUAUUAUAUAUUCGUAUACAGAGACUUAAUUAUACAAAUUAAAGACAUAUAUAUGAAUAUACUAGUAAGUGGGUGAGUGUCUGUGUGUCUUUACUCUUUAGUGCUCUGUUUUCUGCUAUGCAACUUCAUGGCGAUUUUUGAGGGUUUUUAAGAUAUGGAAGAGAAUCAGUGGGGCUGUUUCAGGUCAUCGAAACUAUAACCCACUAACCCCCAAAACAUUAAAAAGCAAAAGCAAACAAAAACAAACGGAUCCAUUUCUCUCUUUUAUUUUCAUUUUUCAAUUUCCUGUUUUUGUUUGUUACUUCUUUCUCCAUUCUCUAGCAGAACGUUUUAUGUUACAUUGAGGAAGAAGGUGCGAGAAAGUCGGGAGUAAAAAAAUCUCCUUUUUAUUUUUCGUUUUAAAAGUAAAGCUCUCGUCUUUUCAGUUACUUUCAUUUCUUUUCUGAUUUGUUUGGUUUUGCUCUACUUUUCUCUUUGUGGACACUUCAAUUUUCUCAAAUCAUGGAGGCAACAGAAUUGCAUCAAUCUUAUUCUCUUUGAAAAGUUUUCACAAUCCUGAAACUUUUCUGAUCGUUGAGUGAAUUAUGCUGAAGAAGAGAUCGAGAAGCAAGCAAGCUUUAAUGGCGGAUACGAACCAGAAACAGAGCAAACCGACGCCGUUUCCACGGCUAUUCACAGCUUUCAGUAGCUUCAAAAGCUUCACCGAUAACGACGCCGUCGCGAGCCCAACCUCGAUUCUCGACACAAAACCUUUCUCUGUUUUGAAAAACCCUUUCGGAUCCGAUAACCCGAAAACUCACGAACCCGAGACCCGGCUCAAGCCCGAGCCCAAAAGAAUCGGACUCGCCAUUGUCGAUUCUCUCGUCCAAGAAGAAAAUCAAGAACCCGGAUUCUCCAGACCAAGAUCCGGGACAAUUCUAUUCGGGUCACAGCUUCGGAUCCGGGUUCCGGACUCUCCACGUUCCUCAUCGGAUUUUGGGAUCAAAACGAGGAAUUCUCCGAUUUCCCCUUCGCCGGAAGAGACGAUGAAAAUGGUUUCCGGGUCGGGUCUUGGGUCGCCCCGAAUCUUCACGGGCUAUUUCUCGACCAGCGAUAUGGAGUUAUCGGAGGAGUACACGUGCGUGACGUGUCACGGACCCAACCCGAGAACGAUCCAUAUAUUCGAUAACUGUAUCGUUGAGAGCCAACCCGGCGUCGUUUUCUUCCGGAGCUCCGACCCGGUAAACGAAUCGGAUUAUUUGCCACCCGAAAGCUUUCUCAGCACCUGUUGUAACUGUAAGAAGAAUCUUGGACCUCGUGAUGACAUUUUCAUGUACAGGGGAGAUAGAGCCUUUUGUAGCAGCGAAUGCAGGUCUUUGGAGAUGAUGUCGGAAGAAAAUGACAUUUAAUGAAGAGAAAUAAGCUUAUUGGGAUUUAAAAAAAAAUUAUGAUAAUGACUAAAAUAAAUAAGAAAUUGUAGUACUAAGUAAAUGAGAAUGUUAGAAAUCAUUUUUGUUUAGUUGCUUUUUUGCUCGGGGCAGAGUUGGUAUCUGUGUCUAUGUGUAUUUUGUGGCUAAAUGCAUAAAUCAUAUACAUGAUCAUCUUUUGCUUUAAUCGUUACUUUGAAUCUGUAAUAAUAGAGAACGCAAUAAUUAAUGUAGCAACCGUUUCAAAAAAA